AUGUUUAUACUUUGUUCAUUUGUAACUGUGAAGCAAAUCAAACAAAAACAAGGGAAUCCAGAAGGAAAAAUAUAUUGGUCGUCAGUUACUUACACCUCUAACCCAAUCUACUUCUCGGAUAUUAGUGCUAACAUAUUUAACGACACAGAUGGUGACACGAAAUUUAAUAUGACUUUUACUCAAUUAGAGGACAUGGAAAAGUUAUUACUUACAAUUGUCAUUAUACAAAACUCCAAAAACAUAAAAGAUUUUAAUCGUGAAUUAUUAAGAAUUAAUGCAGAUACGUGCAAUCAAUUCAAAGGCACAUUCAAAAAUGCUAUUGUACGCAACAUUUUCAGAGAUAUUAGAGAAGUUUCCAAUGCAAAAUUUUCAUGUCCUCAACCAAAAGAUGUAGAAUAA